AUGGUCGUACACUGCUCGCUGGUGCUCAAAGAGGCGAGUGGUUUUUUGAAGCGGAUGUCACGCAAGCGUAUUCUCUUUCUCACGGACCUCCCACGACUGUUCUACGUGGAGCUGUCGACGCGCGCCGUGAAGGGCACCAUCCCUAUCACUGCACACCUUUACGCUGAAGCGGUCACGGCGGAGUCAUUUCGUGUUGUGACGAGGGAGCGCAGCUACGUGUUCAGGGAUCUCAGCAAGUGUGCAAGCAGAUGGGCCGUGCAUGUCAAUGAAAUGGUGAACCGCCUGUACCCGGUGGGUAGCCACGUUGAUGUAGCUACAGUUUCGGGGAGCGGCGGCGGCAAACUUCACUGCGGCGGUGCGUCCCAAGCCAUGUUUGACAGGGGCAGCAGCAACGGUAAAGGGGUUGGUUGCCGCUCGAAUGUAUGGUAG